GUGGGAGCAACGAUGGACAUCGAAGGGUUUCGCACGGCCGGCUACGCGGCCAUCGACUCGAUUUGUGAUUACUACGAGUCUUUGAGAGAGCGCCCGGUCAAUGCGCAGGUCCAACCGGGCUUUCUGGCCAAGUCAGUGCCAGACUCUGCACCUGAAGAGGGCGAGGCGUGGGAGAAGAUCGCAGACGAUUACCAAAAGAUCAUCAUGCCAGGCAUCACCCAUUGGCAGCAUCCUAGGUUCUUCGCCUUCUUCCCUUGCAACGUCACCUUCGAAGGAAUGCUCGCGGACCUGCACACAGCGGCCAUCUCUAAUCCGGGCUUCAAUUGGUCAGUGUCGCCUUCAGUGACGGAGCUUGAGAUCAUCAUGUGCGAUUGGGUGGCCAAAAUGCUCGGCCUCUCUACCGAAUUUACCUCUGCUUCGGCCUCUGGUCUUGGAGGUGGCAUCAUUUUGAACAGCGCCAGCGAGGUGGCCAUCACAGUCGCCAUCGCAGCUCGCGAGAGGGCCCUCACCCGGAUCGAAUCGCUCGAAGCCUGGGAGAAGGAUCAAGGAGCACGAGAGCCUGUCAGUGAAGAUUCGGGAUCUGCACCGUUGACUGGCGAGCAAGACAAGGCGAAGACGUUGCCGCAGGGUCAAGCUUCUCAAGCGACCAGCCAAUUGGCCAAUUGGCGAGGAAAGACGACGAGUAGAUUGGUCCUCUACGGCACCACGCAGACUCACUCGAUUGCUGCUAAAGCAGCUCUGAUCCUCGGCAUCUCCUUUCGUGCUCUCAAGGUGUUUGCCAAAGAUGAAUACGCGCUGCAAGGCGAGACUCUGAAGGCGGCCAUCGAGGAGGACCGUGCCGCUGGAAGGUAUCCUUUCAUGCUCGUGGCCACUCUGGGCACCACGAGCAGCUGCGCCAUCGACAACAUGACUGAAAUUGCCCAAGUUGCCAAGAGUUAUCCUGAGCUCUGGAUCCACGUCGAUUCUGCUUAUGCUGGCGUUGCACUGACGCUGCCAGAGGAAAGAGCAAAGAUGGACAUCGCAGCCAUCAAUGAAUGCGUCGACUCCUUCUCGACCAAUCUUCACAAGUGGGGCUUGGUCCAGUUCGAUUGCUCUCCGCUGCAUGUCAAAGACCGAGGUGCACUGUCGCGCGCUCUUACCGUGACGCCCGAGUUUCUUAGGACCAGACACGGAGAUGCAGGAACCGUCCUGGACCUCCGCAAUAUGUCGUUGUCCCUUGGCAGGCGAUUUCGAUCUCUCAAGGUUUGGUUUGUCCUCCGCAGCUAUGGCCUGCAGGGUCUGCGUAAUCAUCUCCGCGGCUCCAUCUUGCAAGCCCAAUUGUUUCAGAAGCUGGUGAAGGAAGGUCAGACGCCGCUCAAGAUCGUCGCCAAACCCCGAUUUGCGCUCGUUGUCUUUCGUCUGGAGCCGGCGGGCGUCAUUGAGAAGGACGCGCUCAACCGGGCCUUCUGGGACGCACUUGAGAAGCGUUCCAGCGAGCUCACCCUUACUCAGACCGUGUUGCCUGAGAUUGGCUUCUGCAUUCGAUGGGUCUCGGGAAGUCUUUGGACCCGCGACUCUGACGUCGAAGCGUCCUACAAGGUCAUCUGCGAAUGUGCGGAUGCAAUUCUGUCCUCGUGAAGAAAAGGGAUCCGAGGGGAAGAUGGGAAGGGGAGUUGAACUAUCUACAAAAACAAGUGGUCAAGAUGUGCUCUUUUUAGACAGGUAUAGAACAUAGAAGUGCUAAUGGGCAAGAACAGAAGGGAUCAAGUGUCUCAAAACUCUCUUACUCCUGCAUGUGAAGAGCCUCUGCUCGAG